GUCCAUUCAGUCCCUCAGAGUCGCUGUGGCUUUGGCGGCGCUGGGGCCCGCCCACCUGAGAAAGUGGCUGCAAGCGACUGUCCAGCAGAGUCCUGCGUUUGUCCUGAGGGCCUACCUGGGGCUGGCUGCAGCUCAGGCGUCGAGACUGAGCGUGAAGUCAAAUGGAUGUUGGUGAGUACUCUAUGGCAGCAGAUGAUUCACUUCAUUGGUUCACUGUGAACUGUAACUUGGAAGCCGCAUUUAGUGAUUUUAUAGGUCAGUCCUGCCUCUGGGAUCCAACUUUAUGCUGUGGCUAAGAAAUGUUUCGCAUCACUCAGACUGAAUCUCAAGACAGAUGUAUUUACAUUGUAAAUAAAUAUUUCAGUAGAUUUGAAGAAUGAAGAGGAAUAACUUUUCUGCUGUGAAUAAAGUUGUCCAGUCGUCACCAGUCGUGAAGCAGCCCAAACGUGUACUCCGCACAUCCCUCAACCAGACUCGCACGCUGUCUGUUCUUCUGGACUGGGGGACUUUGCCACACCACGUGAUUUUACAGAUUUUCCAGUACCUUCCUUUAAUAGAUCGAGCCCGAGCGUCUUCUGUGUGCAGGAGCUGGAAUGAAGUGUUCCACAUCCCUGAUCUCUGGAGAAAGUUUGAGUUUGAGCUGAACCAGUCAGCAACUUCUUAUUUUAAGUCCACGCAUCCUGAUCUCAUUCAGCAGAUCAUCAAAAAGCACGCUGCACAUCUGCAGUAUGUCAGCUUUAAGGUUGAUAGUAGUACUGAGUCGGCAGAAGCUGCCUGUGAUAUUCUUUCUCAGCUGGUAAAUUGUUCUAUCCAGACCUUGGGAUUGAUUUCAACAGCCAAACCAAGUUUUAUGAACGUGCCAAAGUCUCAUUUUGUGUCAGCACUUACAGUUGUGUUUGUCAACUCAAAAUCGUUAUCAUCAAUUAAAAUUGAGGACACACCAGUGGAUGACCCUUCGCUGAAGAUCCUUGUGGCCAACAACAGCGACACUCUGCGGCUCCUAAAAAUGAGCAGCUGUCCUCACGUUUCAUCUGAUGGCAUCCUCUGUGUGGCGGACCACUGUCAGGGCCUCAGAGAGCUGGCGUUGAACUACUACAUCCUGAGCGAUGAACUUCUCCUGGCACUCUCCAGCGAGACGCACGUGAACCUUGAGCAUCUCCGGAUAGAUGUUGUGAGUGAGAACCCUGGACACAUCAAGUUUCACUCUAUUAAAAAGCGCAGCUGGGAUGCACUGAUCAAACACUCCCCAGGAGUUAAUGUUGUCAUGUACUUCUUUUUAUACGAAGAAGAGUUUGAGACAUUCUUCAAGGAAGAAACCCCCGUAACUCACCUUUAUUUUGGCCGCUCAGUCAGCAGAACCAUUCUAGGCCGCAUAGGCCUGAACUGCCCCCGGCUGAUCGAGUUAGUGGUGUGUGCCAAUGGCCUUCAGCCCCUCGACAGUGAACUGAUCCGCAUUGCUGAACGCUGUAAAAACCUAACUGCGCUGGGCCUGAGUGAGUGUGAAGUCAGCUGCAGUGCAUUCGUUGAGUUUGUAAGACUCUGUGGCAGAAGGCUCACCCAGCUGUCUAUCAUGGAGGAGGUUCUGGUCCCUGAUGACAAUUACACCCCAGAGGAAGUCCACACUGAGGUCUCUAAGUACCUGGGAAGAGUGUGGUUCCCAGAUGUGAUGCCAAUCUGGUAACCAGCGACCAAAGAUUUCCAGUUUCCUGUUGGUGGGGUUAGCUGUUUGUCUAUGCAAAUGUAAAUGUUGAGAUGAGCUUCUGAGCUACUUUAGGUUAAAUACAUCUCUUUACCAGUUAUCUUAAUUGGUCGCUGCAGAAUCAUUUGAAAAUAAUAUAACAAUUUUGAAUGGC